AUGGGUUCCAUUUCUGGACCAAUUACUGAGUUUUGCCUUGAUCUCUACAAUAAGCUUAACAGAAACGCAGAGGGUGCAAACAUCAUCUUCUCCCCAAUGAGCAUCUCUGCUGCCCUGGCCCUUGUCCACCUAGGUGCAAAAAACAACACUGCUGCUCAGAUAGAGAACGUGCUCCAUGUCAGGAAGGCUGCAGGAAGAACAAGAUCCGGAUCUGGCCUUAAGACUGCAAGUCCAGAAAUGGAACCUGAAAUAAACCAGGCAAGACAAACCCUCUCACAGUGUAACAAGGAUGGGGACCUUAACCAUAAAGCUUUCCAGGCACUGCUUUUACAACUACAAAACCUUGGUGAAAGAUACGUUUUAACCCUGGCCAACAAUCUGUUUAUACAAGAAGGAUUUGAACUCCAUCAGCAAUUUCUAACAUGCUCUAAAGAACUGUAUGGAGCAAUGCUGCAAGCCGUGGACUUUCAUGGUGCUGUUGAAGCUGCCAGGACAAAAAUUAACACUUGGGUGGAAAGUGAGACACAAGGUAAAAUCAAGGAACUCUUUGCCCCUGGUGUGAUCGAUGCACAUGCAUUGCUGGUGCUGGUGAAUGUAAUCUACUUCAAAGCAUCCUGGGAACACAAGUUUGAAGAACAAAAAACAGUACAGAGAGAUUUUAAACUGAAUCAGAAUGAGAAGAAACCUGUGCAGAUGAUGUACCAGAAAGGCAUGUUUAAAUUAGGUUACAUUGAAGAGAUGGGUGCUCAGGUCCUUGAACUCCCCUAUGCUCAGAAGUCACUAAGCAUGAUAAUUCUGCUGCCAGGUGACAUGGCUGCUGGAUCUACCACAGGGCUGGAGCAGAUUGAAAGCACAAUGACCCAUGAGAAUUUAAUGCUAUGGGCCUCUUCAGAGUACCUGUAUGAGACCAGAGUGGAGUUAUACCUCCCCCGAUUCAAGCUUGAAGGCACCUUUAACCUCAAUGAGGUAUUACAGGAGAUGGGGAUGACUGACAUCUUCAGUGAAUCAAAAGCUGAUCUUUCUGCAAUGUCCUUUGCAAAAACUCUGACACUGUCAAAUGUUGUCCAUAAGGCAUACGUGGAAGUCAAUGAGGAAGGGACAGUGGCAGCAGCUGGUACAGGAGCUGUCAUUGUGAGGAGGUCUCUUCCUCUCACAGAGGUGUUCAUGGCUGACCACCCUUUCUUAUUCUUUAUUAGACACAAUCCUACCAAUACCAUCCUUUUCUUUGGCAAAUUCUGCUCACCUUAA